CUGCCUGAUGUCUCACAGUUGCGUAUAUAGUGUGAACAACGAAGAAAAUGUUUAAAAAUCGAAGUGAAAACGAAAUAGAAAUGAUUUUUAUGAGACGUGAAAACGUUAUCUCUACUCAAGACGACGAGGUUUCAAUGACUGGUGUUCCUUGACUUGCUGCAGCUUUUAGCAACAUCGACCCGGACUCGGUAGGCUCUCUGUUGAAACUAACCAAUCAGAAAUACGUUGACCCCUCCACUUUUGUGUGGCAAUCAUGUUGAGCAUAUGUCGGAUGUAUUCACGUUUACUGACAAAACUUUAAUAUUUAUUAGACAGAAUAACUUUUGUCAAAGUGAUUUUUCCAAAUAAUUUUCUGAAAAAAUUAAUCAAAAUUAACAAAAAUAUGAAGAUAUUUAGUGAUAUUUUUUUGAAUAGUGCAUUUUUUUUACAUUAAAAUCAUCUAGAAUGAACAAACAAAUUAUUCCAUCGAAUAUGAAUAGUCGUUGUAACUUUCCUCAGUUUCUGAUAGAGACUAAAGAUGGCAAAUCAAUUUUGAAUCGAUAUAUGAAGUUGUACUCGUCUGCCAUCUCGUGGCGCUACAUAGAAAAUAUUUAUCGUACCGAUAUAACAUGGCGUUCACGUUGUGGGCACUUUUCGAGGUAACCGUGUUAUGUUUGAAUGCGGUCUGUAUUUUGAACGAAGAGAGAUUUCUUGCGAAAGUUGGCUGGGCAUCAUGGCAAAAUGUUCAAGGUUUUGGAGAAACUGCUACAGCUAAAUCACAAAUUUUAAAUCUUAUUAAAUCGAUACGAACGGUAGCACGAGUUCCAUUGAUAUUUUUAAAUAUCAUAACAAUAAUUGUGAAACUGGUGCUUGGUUGAAAGAAACAAUUGAUGGUGUAAAUAAGAGGACAAUGCACAGUGAAAAGUCAAAGCGUGAUGUACAUAAAUGAACAAUUAAAUUCUUUUAUUUUUAACGCUGCAUUAAUAAGUAAAAUGAUUCUAAUUAUAAUACAUUCUUAAAUAUUUUUAUAAUGCAA